CUCUCUCUUGCUUCCCUCUCACACGCUCAUUAACAGGUAAACCAUACUGCGCUUCCACAAUUUUGCUAGCUUUUAGGGUAUGUGUUAGGAAUGCCAAGAGUUUCGGAGGACUGAAGAGCGCUAUAUUUGAGAAGUACAAUUUAAGGGUUUUUUUUUUUUUUGGGAAUUGGAAGCUCUCCACUUUGACAGGAAGGUUUCAUAGUGAACAACAAUGGCUAAUCUUUCGGGACUUGCAUCUGUUGCAAAUCCAAACCCUAAUAAGUCGUUCGAGGUUGUUCAACCUCCGACAGAUUCGGUUUCUAGCCUUACUUUCAGUCCCAAGGGAAAUUAUCUCGUUGCUACUUCUUGGGACAACCAGGUUAGAUGCUGGGAGAUAAUGAAGUCAGGGACCACUGUUGGCAGCGUGCCGAAAGCAUCUACUAAUCAUGACCAGCCUGUCUUAUGCUCUACUUGGAAGGAUGAUGGAACGACCGUCUUUUCUGGGGGUUGUGAUAAGCAAGUUAAGAUGUGGCCACUGAUGGCUGGUGGUCAAGCCGUGACUGUGGCAAUGCAUGAUGCACCUGUCAAAGAGGUUGCUUGGAUUCCACAGAUGAAUCUCUUAGUUACAGGAAGCUGGGAUAAAACCCUGAAGUAUUGGGAUACUCGACAACCCAAUCCGGUGCAUACUCAACAACUCCCUGAUCGCUGCUAUGCACUAACAGUUAAUCAUCCUCUGAUGGUCGUUGGUACUGCUGAUCGAAAUUUGGUUGUUUUUAACUUGCAAAGUCCUCAGACUGAGUUUAAGAGAAUCACUUCACCCCUGAAGUAUCAGACAAGAUGUGUUGCAGCAUUUCCUGAUCAGCAAGGUUUCUUGGUUGGCUCAAUAGAGGGGAGGGUGGGUGUUCAUCAUUUGGAUGACUCACAACAAAGUAAAAACUUUACCUUCAAAUGCCAUAGAGAGGGCAAUGAGAUAUACUCAGUCAAUGCUUUAAACUUCCAUCCUGUACACCAUACUUUUGCAACAUCGGGCUCUGAUGGUGCUUUUAAUUUUUGGGACAAGGACAGUAAACAGAGACUCAAGGCCAUGUCUAGGUGCAGUCAACCUAUUACUUGCAGCAGUUUCAACAAUGAUGGCUCAGUAUUUGCAUACUCAGUGUGUUAUGACUGGAGUAAGGGUGCAGAGAAUCAUAACCCAGCAACUGCAAAAAACUACAUUUUCCUUCAUGUUCCACAGGAGGCCGAGGUGAAAGGGAAACCACGAAUUACAAGUGGUCGAAAGUGAAUUUGCUCAUCU